AUGACCAUCGUCUCUAAUUCUCAGCCCGAGGGCAACUCCGCCCUAGUAGCAAAUGUCCCUUCGGUUGGAAUCAAGACCCAGGAGCAGGAACUUGGAAAGUCGUCGCGCUUCGAGACAGUGGAGUCUUAUCCAGUAUCAGACCUCAAGCUUGAGGAUCGUUUGAUUGACGACUUCCGCCCCCUACGCGUGGCAGUGAUUGGCGCUGGGCUUUCAGGCAUCUUAUCUGGGAUUCUACUCCCUGAGAAAGUGCCUAAUGUACAGCUGACAAUCUUUGAGAAGAGUAAAGAGGUGGGCGGAACUUGGCUUGAAAACACCUACCCGGGUGUGCGAUGCGACAUUCCUUCGCAUGUCUACCAGACCACCUUCUCCCCCAACCUCGAAUGGACUGAGCAGUUUGCUAAGGGAGCCGAAAUCCUCGAGUACUGGAAGAACUUGGUCAAAAAGUAUGACGUGGCCCGCUUCUUGCGCGUGGGCACCUAUGUCGAGACAGCGCAAUGGGACGAUUCGCAAUCGACUUGGGCUCUCACUCUGCAGGACGUAGACUCGAAGCACACUUCAGUCGAAAACUUUGACUUUGUGAUAACGGCCAUCGGGCGCUUCAACGAGUGGAAGCUGCCCGAGUAUCCUGGUAUCAAGGAUUACCAGGGUCACCUCCGCCACAGCUCCAACUGGGACCCAACCUAUGAUCCCACCGGCAAGAAAGUCGCCGUCAUCGGCAACGGUGCCAGUGGUAUCCAGCUGGUUCCAGAACUCCAGAAAGUCGUGAAACAUAUGGACCAUUAUGCACGCAACAAGACGUGGAUCGCUGCUGGCUGGGGCGGCCGCGAGCGCCAGGUCGGAUCGGAAUACAUCUCCGAAGAGCAGAUCAAGUCCUUUGGUAACCCAGACACCUAUCUCACGUUCCGGAAGGACGCUGAGGACCGGUACUGGAGAGGCGCCAAUGCCAUGAAAGCCGGGACCAAGGAGAAUGCCAGUUAUCGAGACAAAUUCACCGAAAUCAUGCAUCGGCGGCUGGAGAAGAAGCCUGGCCUGGCGGAGAAGAUGAUACCCGACUUCUCGCCCCAUUGCAGGAGAUUGACUCCAGGGCCGGGAUACCUGGAGGCGCUCACCGAGGAUAACCUGGAAUACAUACAAACGCCCAUCUCCCGGUUUACCGCCACCGGUAUUGAGACUGUAGACGGCACUCAUCGCGAAGUAGACGCCAUAUUCUGUGCCACCGGCCAUAAUAUCGACUUUGCGCCUCCCUUCUCCAUUCGUGCGCGAGGCGUCGAUCUCAAGACGGCGUGGAAACAUGAUGGAGAGAUUGGAUUCCCCAAGACAUACCUUGGAAUGGCGAGUGCUGGGUUCCCCAACCUACUCUUCAUCGGCACCGUGCAUACGAAUGGUAUUGCCGGGACCUUUGUGCACAGCAUUGAGAGCCAAAUCACCUACUACGCCAAGAUCCUGCGCAAGGUGUCCAGCGAGGGCAUCAAGACCAUCACGCCGUCUACCAGGGCCGUGGAUGACUUCAUCUCCUACGCCGACGCCUACUUUCCCACGACUGUCAUGACUGGCAACUGCAGCUCCUGGGCCAACGGCGGACGUGCCGGCGCGCGGAUACACGGCGCUUGGCCUGGUAGUGCCUCACAUUUGGCCUUUAUCCGUCGGAACCCUCGCUGGGAGGACUUUGAGUACGAGUAUACCUCGGGUACUGGGAACAGGUUUGCAUUCUUUGGGAAUGGCCGGACAAUGAGGGAGGCAGAUGCCAACUUUGACAUUACGUCGUAUCUAAAGAGCAACCCGGCUGAGAUAGAUCUCCGUGAUAUACACGAGGGCUGGCAUAGCUGGCCGUAG